AUGAUAUCCAACUUCCGCGUCAUCGUUGUAGGAGGCGGGGUGGCUGGAUUGACGGCUUCGCAUGCUCUUCAGCAGGCGGGCAUCGAUCACGUCGUGCUCGAAAGAUCCUCAGAAGUGGCUCCUCCGGUGGGAGCCAGCAUCGCCAUCUACCCGCAUGGAGCCCGCAUUUUGUCACAGAUGGGCUGCCUGGAUGCGGCGCGCGCGGCCUGUCACCCCUGUGAUCGGUUCAUCACCAGAGGCCCUGAUGGGAAAGUCUGGAGCAAUAGUCGGUUCUUUAGGAACGUGCGUGACAACCAUGGACACGACAUUCUUCUCCUCGAACGGAGACAAUUUCUGCAGAUCCUGUAUGACGGCCUCCCGGACAAGUCGUUCCUUCGACUUGGAUGCAGGGUCCGGGAUGUGACUGAGGAUAGCGAUGGGGUCGAAGUGGUGCUCGACGACGGGACCGUUGAACGAGGCGACCUGGUACUGGGCUGCGACGGCGUGCACAGCCUGGUUCGACAGAGAAUGUGGGAGCUGGCCAACCAGCAGAACAAGAAGCUCCAGGACGAGGAGCAGACCUCCAUGGUCACGCGGUGGAAAUGCCUGGUGGGAAUGGGGCCGCCCGUAGCACCGGAAGCACUAGGCGAACAUGAUAUGACCGUGGUCCACGACAACGGGUGCUCGUUUCUGUUCCUCACGCAGCCGGACAAGCUGUUCUUCUUUGUGUUCGUCCGGUUGGAACGCCACCACCACGAGCUCGACGGCUCGGGGCAGCCGCGGCGGAAACGACGAUAUACGGAUGCCGAUGCCGAAGCCGUGGCCGACAGUUUCGCGGGCCAUCCGAUCUGUGAGAGGCUCGUGUUCGGGGACAUCUGGCGGAAGCGGACCCGGGGUUCCUUGAUCUCCCUGGAAGAAGGCGUUCUGCAGCACUGGUCGCAUGGACGGAUCGUGUUGGCGGGCGACUCCGUCCACAAGGUGACGCCUAACAUUGCGCUGGGAGGGAACUCGGCAAUGGAAUCCAUCGUGGUGCUGUGCAACCAUCUGGCGCAGACGGUGGCGGCUCAUCAGGGGGCUCGACUCAGCCGGGCCACGCUGGGGAAGGUCUUCCGGCAGUACCAGCGAGAUCGGGUGCAGCGAGUGCGUGGGAUCAUGGAACUCUCGUCGCUGAUCACAAGGGUCCAGGCGUGGGAUGGGAUAGUGCCGAAAUUCGUGGCCUGCUGGGUGCUGCCCUUCCAGGCCGAUCAUAAACUGACCGACCAGCUAGGAGAGCUGAUUCGAAAGGCUCCCAAGCUGGAUUACGUGCAAGUUGGUCGGGGGUUUGCACAGGGUCGGUUGCCGUGGGAGGGAGAGAAGAACGGCCAUGCUCUGGACAAGGGCAAGACGAUGAUGUCCUGGGCCAGCAAGUCGGCAGUGUAUCUGGCAGGUUGUUUGAUAGCAUUAGUCUUAGCUUACCGUCUGGUGGCAUAG